AUGGCUAGGUAUUUUCCUGCAUUAGAUUUAUUGUUUGAUUCUCUAGAUAAUUACUCUUUAUGUGAAAAACACUACAAUCAUAUUAUCACCAGAAAGUGUUUUAUUGGACAAUUAGUUAAACAGAAUAAUUUAACUCAAGUAUACUUUCCAAAUUCAAUAUAUGAAAUGCUUGUAAAAAGAAUUGACGAGUUGGAGAACCUUAAUAGACAAUUACUAUUAAAAAAUGAAAUACUACGAGGACAGUUGUUAGAUGACCAACAAGAUUGCAUUAAGUUCAUAAUGGAGAUUGCAAAAAAGAAACUAAGUAAUAUAUACAGUGAUAUAACAAGUUUAAUUGAAAAUCAAAAGUGA